CGAAAUGCCAACUGUGGGAAUCAAGAAAGUCAUCCUUGACAAGCACUUCAAGCGAGUCUAUUCGGAGAAGGAGUUCGACGAGCUCUGUUUCGAAUAUGGCUUGGAGUUGGACGAAAUUACAUCUGAGAAAGCCGCUGUUGAAAAAGAGCAAGGAACAAGAGCUGCGUCUGAUUUGAAUGAUCAAGAAGUAUACAAAAUUGACAUUCCAGCAAAUCGCUAUGAUUUAUUGAGCGUUGAAGGGCUGGCUCGAGCAAUUCGUAUUUUCAAACAAGAAAUCCCAUCACCAGCAUACAAAUAUGCCGAUGUGCCAAAGACUGGUCUUCAAAAAAUUAUCGUGAAGAAGGAAACUGCUCAAGUUCGUCCUUUUGUCGUCGGAGCAGUUUUACGUGAUAUUUCAUUCGAUGCGGAUAGCUAUGCUUCUUUCAUUGAUCUUCAGGACAAGCUGCAUCAAAAUAUCUGCAGAAAGCGUACUCUUGUUGCCAUCGGAACACACGACUUGGACACCAUUCAAGGGCCAUUCGAAUACCGAGCCGAAGCUCCAAAAGAUAUCAAGUUCAAACCGCUUAAUCAAACGAAGGAGUAUACUGCGGAAGAACUGAUGACCCUGUAUUCCACCGAUAGUCAUUUAAAAGCUUAUCUUCCUAUUAUUCAAAAUCAUCCAGUGUAUCCUGUGAUUUAUGAUAAGAACGGAGUUGUUUGCUCAAUGCCGCCUAUUAUCAAUGGAGAACAUUCCAAGAUCACUUUGAAUACCAAAAACGUCUUCAUUGAGGCUACUGCAACAGAUAAACAGAAAGCUUUCGUGGUCCUUGACACUAUUGUGACUCUUUUCUCUCAGUACUGUGCCAAGCCGUUCACUAUCGAGCAAGUCGAAGUUGUGUAUGAGGAAACUGGAGUCAAAGAGCUUUAUCCUCUUCUUUCCUAUCGUGAAAUGACUGUGACAACACCAGAAAUCAAUACGAAGAUUGGUAUCAACCUGAAAGAUGAAGAAAUGGCAACUCUUCUCAAUAAAAUGUCGUUGAAAGCUGAGGUUGCUGCGAAGGAAACUUUGAAAAUUGUUGUUCCACCCACAAGACACGAUAUUCUCCACGCAUGUGACAUUGCUGAAGAUGUUGGUGUGGCCUUUGGUUACAAUAACUUGAUUACAAAGCUUCCGGAGUCCAAUACUGUUGCUGUGGCCUUCCCAAUCAACAAGCUCUGCGAUAAUCUCCGGAUCGAAAUUGCUGCCGCUGGAUGGACAGAAGCUUUGAACUUCGCAUUGUGCAGCCGUGACGACAUUUCUUCAAAGCUCCGCCAGCCAGAUGCACUUUCUCAUGCAGUUCAUAUUGGAAAUCCAAAAACUCUUGAAUUCCAAGUUGCUCGAACAUCCCUUCUUCCCGGACUUUUGAAAACACUGUCUUCCAACCGAGACAUGCCACUCCCAUUGAAAUUGUUUGAGCUUCAAGAUGUUAUUGUGAAAGACUCAAAUACAGAUGUUGGAGCAAGAAAUGAGAGAAGACUUGCUGCAGUGUACUACAAUAGAGCUGCUGGUUUCGAGAUUAUUCAAGGAUUCUUGGAUCGAAUUAUGAGAAUGCUAAAUGUCAAUCCUGCGCGCGACGGAACUGGAUACUACAUCGAAGCCGAUGAAAAUUCAACCUACUUCCCAGGACGGUGUGCCAAGAUUAUCGGUCCAAAGGGAGUCGUUCUCGGACAUAUCGGAGCUCUCCAUCCAGAAGUUAUCACCUCCUUCGGGCUCACAUUGCCAUGUGGAGCUGUCGAAAUCAAUGUGGAACCAUUCCUUUAAACAUAUUUUUGUUACUUCCCGGUUUUUGGUUUUGUUAUUGCGAUUAUUUAUGGAUUUUUCCUCUGAAAUGUGGUUUUUAAAUAUUUCAUGCUUGCUGUUUUUCUUUAAUUAAAAUGUUUCAACU